UUUCUUCUUCUUCUUCUUCUUCUUCUUCUUACUGUUAUUACUGCUAUUUAAAAGACUUGAGUUACUAUUUAAAUAGCUCAACCUCGCAUUCACCCCAGCCCCUGUUUCAGAACGGAGACUGAGGGUCUACGAACAAGCUGGAUGGAGCCAUGAUCUUGUCAACCCUUUCAACCCUUGUUUUUGAGUGCUAUGAUUUUGCUAAGCAACUGCUGCAUACAAAAAGGUGCUUGGGUGUUAAAUUGCUGUUAACUUGCCUUUGACCAACAAAUUUACUUAAGCUAUGCAAGAAAAUUACAAUACAUGUACUCAUCAAGGUUCCAGCUUUCGCUGUUCCCGUCCCGUCCCGUUCCGUCCCGUCAGAGCGCUACUCUCGAACAGUCUGAAAGUUGUCACGUCAGAUAGGUUCGUCCAAUCUUGUCUCGUCCCAGGACGUUCCGGCGCUAGUGCCUCUCGAACCUUCUAGCACUGAAAAAAGCUAUCUUUUUUUUCCGCAUUAUUGCUUGAAUUAUUUUUGCUGAAGGUUUGUACACUGAGAUUAAAAUCCCGUAUGUCUUAUAGACGGUGAAGAUACAAGUAUUGUAACUCAAAGCACCAGCUUUAUGGAAAUUCAGUGUUUGAUAAAAAUAGUUUGGAGUUAUUCAACUGUUUUUUCAAUUUGAAUAUCAGUGAAGAAGAACGGAAUUCUUUAUUAUUCUGUUGUAAAGAUGACUGAUUAGAUAAAUACUUGUUCAUUGAAUUCAGUUUAAGUGUUUCAUAUUAGCUUCUUAGAUGAGAUCCUACAGACUACUGAGCCCUUACGACAGGUCACGACUAGACCAGGGUUCCCAUGGGAACGAAUAUUUUGCAUGCCUAUGGGACAAAACCGGAUGAAGGCCCAGUCACCUCAGACAAAUCACUCUUGAAAUCUAAGUGCAAUUCACUGCAUCAUUUUAUAAUCGACUGAAAGACAACGACGCAUCCAUCUAUCCAUCGUGAAAAAUUAGCUCAACAUACAGGUAUCGAAAGGUUCAUACGCGAACCAGAACUGAUGAUGAUGAGUCGCUGAGAAAACCUGCAGGGUCUUGAUAAACUGGGACAUCUAUUGAAAGUUCAGUGGAAAAAGAGGAUUGAAGUAUAUUUACCAACUGGAAACAGAUUCAAUCUGUACACCCCAGGAGUGUGAACUGCGGAGUCUUGUUCUUAACUACAAACAUAUUCAGAAUCGACAUUGUAUUCCAUCAACAAGAGACUCGAAAAGAUGGUUUUCAUGAAGAAUUUGUGCGAGGAAGUGCACCCGCCAUUUGCUACCUCAGUAAUGACUGCAGCUGUUUCCCUGGUGCUCUGUCUCAUUACUGUACCCGGUAACAUUCUGAUCUGCAUCGCCAUCCUAAAGGAUCCUUAUCGUGAAUUAUGCUCUUCAUUCAACUACUUUGUUCUUCAGUUGGCUCUGAGUGACGUCAUUGUAGGCAUCUUCACCGAGCCUGCCUUUGUCGUGUGGCAUAUUCGCGAGGCCCUCAACUAUGGUGUCAUGGAAACAAUAUGGAUUAUCCACCUUACGUAUUUCAUCUCGUGCACAGCCUCACUUCUUAGCCUUUCAGCUCUUACUCUAGACAGACAUCUAACAGUUGUGUCCAUUAGAAGGAAGCUCUCCUCUCGUUCUGUGGCUCGUAUCUCCGCAAUGAUGUGGUUUUUAUCUCUCACAAUACCUUUCGUUUACUUCGUCACCGGAUUUUACUUGUUUGUGUUUAUAUUCGCCAACACUGCUGUCAUCACAUCCUUUGUGAUCGUAGCAUUUUCUUACUGUCGGAUCUAUCACAAACUAAGAGCACAAAUCUCUCGAUGGCGUUCAUUUUGUCACGAUCAAGUAGCGUCAAAGGCGAUGGCCAUGGAAAAGCAAGUAACAAGAGCAUUUAACUUGAUUUUGAUAUUUUUUAUUUUGUGUCUGAUACCAUCUUGCAUAAUGAUAUACAUUAUAAAUCUUUGUGACACAUGUGACUGCGCACUCAUCCACUGGCUUCGAGAUCUACAAUUCCUUCUAACUUUGGUCAAUUGCUCGAUAAAUCAGUUUUUAUACGCUUGGAGAAUGCCCAACUUCCGAAAAGCAAUAAUGGCUAUCCUUUGCGAUAAGUCCGCGAUAAUAAAUCGCUGCGUAAUUUCGUCAUCUCCCAUCAGAAUAACGAUAUCCUGCAAUCAGAGUGGUAGACUUGAAACACUUGAGUUUUCAUCCCUAAGAAAGUGCAAGCAUGUUGCCGACACUACUAAAGAUUUAAGUGACGAUAUAAACAAUGUGCAACAACCGGCAGAUUUUAUUCGUAUAACGAGUGUAUAGAAUGAUUUUCAUUCUGCCAAAGACAAAGGAAAGAUGGAAAAUCAACGAUUACUCUUCCAGUUUGCAAAGAAAGGGAUAGAAUUGUAAGAAGAUUUUUCAUAAGAGAGAUCAAAAAUAAAGACACUGUCAACCAGCCAACCAGCUCACUUCCUGUACGUUUUACUUAUAGCUAUGUAGGUACCUACAUACCUACCUAUAUUAAUCUACCAACCUACCUACUCGCCUGCCGUGCCCACCUACUCACCCACCUACCUACAUAGCUACCACUAUUUACCAACUAACCUACCUACCCACCUGCCCACCUACCUACAUACCUUCCUAUAUAGCUACUUACCUACUGAUCUAUACCUACCUACUAUACGUAUUUACCUAACCCACCUACCUACCCACGUAUCAACUCACCUACCUCCUAACUACCCACCCAUCCACCUACUUAUGUACAUACCUACCUCCCUAACAAAGUCAAAGAAGGAAAAAGUAACAGCCCUCUACGUUACACCAUUCGUACACCAAGCUGUUAUCUAAAAACUGCCUUUUUAAUGGAACUAUACUGGAAACCUUACACCUUGGAGAAAUUUAGUCAAUGUAAGAAAUGCUAGGGUCUGAAGACUCUCUCAUCGAGCGGAGAUACUCCCUGUCGUUAGAUCAGGCAGCUCGACAAAUGAUCUAAUACAAGUUUAUGCGUAAAACUUAGCUUGUCCUUGUUCUUAUUCUUGUCCAUAGACAGCAAAGUCCUGAACUUAAAAUUGAUCGCAAUAUCUAGAAUAUAAUCUGAACUUUACUUCCUUGAAUUCUUCAAGUAAUGCAUCU